AUGUUUAACGCGGAAGGCCAGGGCAGGGAUGUGCCGUCAUUCCUACUCUUUGCAUCUGCGGAUGAUAGCCGCACGAUCAGUUUCAACGAAGAAAUUCAGCGUUUAUUCUUUGGAUCCAGAAAUGAUGUGCCAUUCAACGGUGGUGAUCCUGUUCCAACAGGGUUAUAUAGUGCAACGGUCAAUCGAUUCGAAUACGAUUCUGAAGAAACCGGAUUCCACCUUCUAAUCCCAUUCGCACUACGACCAAAUCUUGCUGACAAGGAUGGAGCUAGGCGCAGUGAUGGAACUUUAGUGCCAUCUGGCUCAUUCACGCAGCUUUUCCAGCAUGGCGUUUUUUACCCGUUUGGCGGAGAGCAUAGGGCGCAGAGAUUGGAAAGGCUGUUUGAUCGGUGGACCGAAUUGAUUGAAAGCGGCGUGUGGACAGUGGGCGAAAAUGGCGUUGAGGGAGGGAUUGAUAUGUUCCAGGAUGCAGAUCAUGGCGCCUGGGAGGACUACUGGAUUCCCCCAUCCUGGUGA